AUGACAAGACAAAGCUCCGUCUUACUUAUCAGUCUUUACAUGAUUUGUCAAGCAUAUCUCUGUAACACUCUAAACGUCACUCAGUCCCCAACGCGUUUAACGGUAAAGGAAGGAGACAGAGCUAUCGUAACAUGCAGCUGGAAUGCUCUUCCCCCUGUCACGCAGAUCAGAGUGAGGUGGAAAUUAUAUAAUAUUAUAUCUGCAGAAAGAAAUAACGAAACAACUUUAGCAUCUGUUUUAUGGGAAGAGAAAGGCACUGUCAUCAUUAGUCCUAGAAGUCCUAACAAACAUGAUUACAUCCUAACUAAGGACAAAGCAGAGAUACAUAUUAACUCUACUAGAAAGAGAGAUGAGGGCAUGUAUGUCUGCGAAAUCAAUAUCGAAAUACCUAUUCUUCAAAGAGGACAAGGAAAUGGUACAAUAUUAAAUGUGUGCCAGGCUGGAAAAGUGUUUUCGAAGAUCUACUUGAGCUUGAUUUCUCUCGUGGUUAUCCCUGUGAUGAUAGGAAUGUACUGCCUUUACAAAAUAAGGAAAAGGAGAAAAGAAUUGUUCCUAGAUCAUAUCUACAGUAAUGAAAGAGUGAGAUCCAAAAGCAAGGAAUGAUGGCAAAACAAAUAUAUAUAAGAUGGCAAAUCCAGUUGUGGACCCCCUUUUACGGAAUAGAUACUGAAAGUAAAAGAGUUUUGGAAGAACUUGUUUAAUCAGCGUCAGACCAGAUGACGCAUAGACUUGGUUUGUGUGCCUGGAGGGUGCAACCUCUGAUAGAAUUGAGUAUCUGUAGAAUGGAGCCUCCAACUCUUGAGUCCAUGUCUCUGAGGACACCACCCUCCCUUCUUCUUCUACUUCAGGCCCCACUUCU